CGAUGAUAAAGAUCGCACCGAAGUUAGCCAUAUGUAGUUUGCCAUAAGAAUUCUCACUCGUAUCGUCAAUAUAUCUCCUGUAAACGGAGCGCGGCCUGCAACUAAGCAGAGUGCACGACGCGUCCGACGAGGGCCUUAAUAAAAGGCGCCGUCCCGUUUGGGCAGGUACCCACUAAGCCGAGAGAGUACACAGAAGUCAAGUGACGAACAUCCUUUUAACUACUCGACAUUUCACUCACCAUGAGGAUCUUCGUGUUCUUCGCCUGCCUUUCACUGGCUCUUGCGUUUUCACCAGGCUGCCUAAAUGAGGGGAAGUCAAUCGUCGGCGGCAUCGAGGCACCUUUAAAAAGUCGUCCCUACCAAGUCGCUCUGUUCAAUACACCCAAUGGGGGAUUUUACAGUUUUUCUUGCGCUGGAGUCCUCAUCAGCCCACGUUGGGUGUUAACUGCCUCUCACUGUGGUGGAUUGUACGCUGGGUUUGGAUACCACGACUUAAAUGUCAAGCAACAGAUCAUCAAAGGCAAGUGGUACCGUCACCCGACGCACGGUGACGACAUAGCUCUGAUUCAUUUGGACGCACCAGCAACCUUGUCGGAUGCCGUACAGCCCAUCAAGCUUGCCAGUGCUGGUUCAGACAUUUCAGGAGGCGAGGAGCUAUUAGUGAGUGGCUGGGGCUCCCUGUCAUCCGGCGGUUAUUACCCGGCCAAACUGAGACAGGUGGUGCUGUGCGGAGUGAGUCGUAGCUCAUGCAGCACUGCUUACGGCCUCAAAAUUGCAAACUUCGCGAUCUGUGCUGCGGCUCCUGGGAAAGACUCCUGCCAGGGCGAUAGCGGUGGUCCAAUUGUCAGCAACUUCGACGAAAACCGAUACGUCAACAGCACAACGCUUGAGGGAAUUGUCAGCUGGGGCUAUGGUUGCGCCGAUCCCCGCUACCCCGGAGUGUACACCCGAGUGUCCUUCCACUGCUCCUGGAUAGCCAAAAUAACGUCAAAUGAAGUGACAUGCAAGGUGCUCCCACGUCAGCAUUCCACAGCACUUCCUUAAUUCUCGAUUACGAGAGUUAUUCUAUCAUUUUUCCCUCUUAUAAUGAAAAUAUAAAGUAUUGUCAUUAAGGAAACAAACUUCUGUGUAUCGAUUUUGAUUGUGCCAAGUAUAUUAGUGAGCCGUUUCAAAGGUUUGAUUUGUUGGCGCGAGCCUUCAAUCACCAUUACUGUAGCAGCACGUGUUCCUAUUUCAAGACGAGUCUGGUAACCAGUGAACAUGUUCAAUAUUAGACUAUUACAAUCUGCUGUAGGGCAUGUGAAUGUUGCCCCUGCCUGUCAAAAAAAUCAGAUACAUUCAUAUUAAUGACGGUAAUUAAGGCAUUGCAUCGGGCACCAAAAUGGUUUAGUUUCCUUCGAAUCAAACUGUCCUUUCCGUUGCAUCUUGAUGUUGAAAAAAGUGGAAGUUCGUACCUAAAUCGUGCACAGGAUGGUCUUCAUGAGGCAAUGGCUACGUCUACUGUAAGACUUUAGAUCUAGCUCUAUAGACAAAAUGAUGCGGACAAGGUCUUUCCUUUUACUCAAGUAAAGCUGAACAGCGACCUCUAUAAUGCAGGUCAACAUUCUGGUGAAAAAAUUGGAUCAACUUGGAGCGAUAAAACUAACAUGGCAAAAAUAAAAUGAACUUAU